AUGUCGUUGUGCCCACCGUUUGCACCUUUCUUUGGUUUUGCGGGCGUUGCGUCAGCGAUGAUAUUGAGCACUGUGGGUGCUGCGUACGGAACUUCCAAGUCAGGAAUCGGCAUCGCUGGUCUGGGGACAUUCAGACCCGAGUUAAUCAUGAAGGCCCUCAUCCCUGUAGUCAUGUCUGGUAUCAUUGCCGUAUACGGCCUCGUCGUGUCAGUGCUCAUAUCAGGAACAAUAAACCCUGGCAAUUACUCGCUCUUUGCUGGAUUCGUCCAUCUUGCCGCUGGCCUGGCUUGUGGAAUGACGGGGCUUUCGGCAGGAUAUGCUAUUGGCUACGUGGGCGACUCGUGCGUUCGCGCAUAUGUCAAUGAAUCGAGGGUCUACGUCUCUAUGAUCCUCAUCCUCAUUUUUGCUGAGGUUCUGGGGUUGUACGGGCUUAUUGUUGCGCUGAUCAUGAACUCCAAAGUUGGCCUUGAUAUGUGCAAGUGA